UAUCUCAAAACGUUAAAUCUGCUUUUCAGAUUACCUAUUUGAUGGCAGUCGAAAACUCCACGAUGCCACGUUCGGAGAAUAGAUUAUUUCCAGUUACCUCAUUCAACUGAAUAAAUCAUAAUGUGUUCAUUUCGAGUAUUUUUAGCAAUAAUUGGAAUAUUAUUCCAACUAUGCGAUAUAAAUGGAGAACGUAACGCUAAUGCAGCAGCUAUCGUAUACUUCAGUGUUCCUACAAGAGAAUUGGCUGAAAAGCUUUCACGAGCCCUCGUAGAAGAAAAAUUGGUGGCUUGUGUUCAUAUUAUGCCAGACGUCACAGCAGUGUUUCCAACGAAUAAAGGUGAAAUUAAGGCUGAAACCCAAACAUUUGUGAUAGCCAAAAGUGCCACAUCGAGGAUACAAGAAGCCGUAGAAUUCAUCAAGAAAAAUCACCCAGAUUCUAUGCCUGAUGUCGUAGCAACACCGAUCAGAGCUGGAAAUGAUUUGUUUUUGGAAUGGGUGUUAUCGGUAGUCCCUCCGAAUAUCAAAAAAUGUUUGCACACGAAUUGCACCAAGACUAAACCGAAUAGAAAAUCACCACCGCGACUUCAAAUUACUACCCUUCAAGACUCGGAAGAUCCGAAUGUCAGCGAAAAAGACGAACAAGAUGAAAAUUUAGACGAUGAACCUCCUACCGAAGAUGAAGAAGAAAAUGAUGGUUCGGAAAAUCCCAAUUAUGAGAAUGAUCCUAACGAAUAGCCUCGUGUGAACUGUCUUCCGCAGAGGAACCGAUCGGUUUACAUUCAAUUAUUUAGGACACGAACUACCAAAAUACCGAUGGUAGCUUAGAAAUGGCCUGAUUUGCCUCGGUUCGAUCUAACGACAAGCAUAAGAUCAUGCCUCAUAUUUUAUUGGGUUUGUUAAAUUAAUCUACAUAUAAGACGUAAGCGAAUGACUGACUGUUUUAAAAAAUUGAUUCUAAUCUCUUCAUUUUUACUUCAAAAUUAAAUUUUUAUUGGUACCUUA